AUUAAGUACAGAGGUUGUGUAGUGUUUGUGUUUUCUGAAUCUGCAGCAAUGGGGACGGCUGCAAUGAUUUUCGACCUGAACUCCGUGAGCCUGGCUUUGGUUCUGGGUUUGAUCUUUCUGGUUCUGUUUGAGGUGAUAAGGAUUCAUUUCACCAAAGUUCGAAAUCCACCUGGACCCACACCUUUCCCUUUUGUGGGAACGUUACCAUAUGCUAUAAAGGACCCAAUAGGAUCUAUUAAAUCACAACGUCAAUAUGGAGAGAUGUCCACCAUGUACAUGGGAAGCAAACCUAUAAUAAUAUUAAAUACACUUCAGAUCUCCAAAGAAGCACUGAUCCAAGAGGCUUCAACUUUUUCAGGAAGACCAUAUUUACCUCUUAUGGAAUGGUUUUCUAAAAAUCUCGGUAUUGUAAUGGCACCGUUCGGUCACUCGUGGAGACAGCAGAGAAGGUUUGCUCUCCACACGCUCAGAGACUUUGGCCUGGGAAAGAAAUCUGUGGAAGAUCGUGUGUUAGAUGAAGCCCGAUACCUGGUUACUGAGAUGCUCAAAGAUGAAGGAAUGGCAUUUGACCCACAGCACGCCUUACAGAAUGCAGUUUCUAAUAUAAUCUGCUCCAUCGUGUUUGGAGAUCGCUUUGAAUAUGAUAACAAACGCUUCGCACACCUACUGAAAAUCCUCAAUGAGAGCAUCAUACUGUCAGGGUCUGCUAUAGCACGGAUGACCAACUUAUUUCCCUUCCUCAUGCACUGCCCUGGACCUCACCAGAAGAUCCGUCAGAACACCACUGAGUUACAGGAUUUCAUCCGUGAGGAAGUUAAAGAACACAGACAAACUUUGGAUCCAGAAAACCCACGAGACUUCAUUGAUGCCUACCUGUUAGAGAUAGAAAAACAAAAGUCACACGAGGAUUCAACGUUUCAUGAGGAGAACUUGCUUAUGUCAACAAUCGAUCUCUUUUUCGCUGGAACCGACACGACAUCCACCACCAUCAGAUGGGGACUCAUCUUCUUGAUGGAAAACCCAGAUGUACAAGAGCGAUGCAAUAAGGAGAUUAUUCAGGUGUUGGGUUAUGAUCGUCUGCCCAGCAUGGAUGACCGUGACAAACUUCCAUACACAUACGCCACUGUUCAUGAGAUUCAGCGCUGUGGUAACAUUGUUCCUCUUGGUGUAGUUCAUGCAACCACACAGCCAACCAAACUAAGAGGAUAUGACAUUGCUAAGGGAACUAUAAUCAUGACAAACUUAACAGCAAUUUUCAGUGAUAAGGAGCACUGGAAAUGUCCGGACACUUUCAAUCCAGAGAAUUUCUUGGAUGAGAACGGACAUUUCUACAAACCUGAGGCAUUCGUCGCUUUCUCAAUGGGUCCGAGGGUUUGUCUUGGAGAGACCCUGGCAAGGACGGAGCUUUUCCUUUACUUUGUGUGUCUCCUACAGCGGAUUAAUUUCUCCUGGCCACCAAACUCACAGCGUCCAGACAUGGAUGGUAUUAUUACUGCAUUGAGACACCCUCACCCCUUCAAAAUCAUCUGCCGUAGCAGAGAUGCCAAUGACUGACCGUCAGUGACCCGAAACCAACACGCCAACAGACAGCCAAUGGUCAAAUUGUAAAAAUUGGUGUGGUCAGGUGUUUAUCCUUGGGAAGGACUUGCACAAUAAACAAUCUUAUUUUC